AUGGGGCGCAAGGAGGGAGCUCCACUCAAGACACCGGAAUGCGGUCCGCGAUGGCUGCGACGCUCCAACUCGCCCUUCGAACCACCCUCAUCCCUUGACCAAGUCAUGGAUCCGACAAACACUGGCGGCUUUGCGAGUCGCCAACCCGCCGACUCUUCGUUCUUUGCCCGGUCGCGGAUUUCGAGCACAGGCAGGCGGCAACACCCUAGUGCAGGCGCCCUCUUCAAGGAUCCCACACGCGACGUUCUCAUCGACUUUGGCUCGGAGGAAGGCUUCAUGCAGGCGGCGAAGAAGAAGAAGAAGGCGCCAGCCAAGGCGCCAGCCGCUAACAACAAUAACAGUAACGAUGACGAUGGCGCCAAGAAAGACGAUGAGGGUACUGGAGAUGGAGGCGACAAGAGCGGCGAUGCAGGCAAUGACGGCGGUGCUGCCGGUGACGGCGAUGGUGACGGAGGCGACAAGGAUACACCGCCACCAGCUGACGAUGCACCCCCGGACGACGAAUGGGGCUUCGCGCCCGCAAAAAGCAAGAAGAAGGGUAAGAAAGACGACGACCCGCCGAUUAUCCCGGCACCCAACCUGGACUCUUUCGAUGAGAUCAAACUGGACGAUGUGGGCGGAGGCGGCAACGGCACGCUCGACAUCAAUUUUGGCUCAACGGACAACAAGAAGUCGGGGUUUGGCUCAUGGGGUACAAGUUGGACAACAGGCACGAGAUCAGGGAGCACUUGGGAUUGGUCCGGGGCUAACAAGAAUGCAGCCGCGAGUACGCCAGCAGAGGCCAAGGAAGAGGUCGAUUCGAAUCCCUGGGGCGGCAGCGCCACAAAGUCCAAAAAGAAGAGCACGACUCUUGGAUUCAGCUUCGGCGAUGAUCCAGCAAUCGACCCGGAACCAGCACCCGAACCGCCCAAGGAAGAGGAGAAGAAAGACGACCCGUGGGGCUUCUCCACCGCAUCGUCCAAGAAGGACAAGAAGAAGAAGAAGAUCAGCAUUUGGGGCGAUCCUGCGGAAGAUGAGAAAGAGGAGCCGCCCAAGGUAGAACCCCCUGCUGACGACCCAUGGGGCUCAUGGGGUACCACAACUAAGACAAAGGGCAAGAAGGACCCUGAACCAGAACCGCCCAAAGAGGAGACGAAGCAGGAUGAUAUCUGGGACACCUGGGGUUUGGGUAAGAAGAAAAAGAAAGAAGAACCGGUGGUGGUCCCUGAACCUGAACCGGUCCCCGAGCCCGCGCCCGACCCGCCAGCUGCCGGAGCGGAUCCUUGGAGCUGGGGAACGUCAGCGAGCAAGAAGGACAAGAAAAAGAAGAAAGGUCUGCUUGACUUCGAACCACCCAAAGAGCCGGACCCCCCUCCAGCGCCGGAGCCCGAAGUUGAGCCAGAACCGGAGCCUGAGCCAGAACCGGAACCGGAACCGGAGCCGCCUAAAAUUGAAGUAGACCCUUUCGCCGGUAUGUCCAAGUCGCAGAAAAAGAAGAAGAUGAGGGAGAUGGCUGCCGCCGCCGAGGCCGCCGCCGCCGCCGAAGCUGCCGCUGCAGAGGCUGCCGCAGCUGCCGAGGCCGAGGCCGCCGCCGCCGAAGCAGAAGAGGCUGCUCGGAAGGAAGAGGAGGAGCGGUUGGCCAAGGAAAUCGAAGAGCAAGCAGCGAAAGAGGCGGCCGAGGCUGAAGAGGCAAUGAAAGCAGCAGAAGCUGCCAAGGCAGCAGCGGCAGUAGAGGACAUCGGGUGGGGUGUAACGACCAAAGUCAAGAAGAAGAAGAAGGGCAAAGGUGAACCCGAGCCCGUACGAGCCCCUACACCACCUCCGCCGGCCCCUGAACCCGAGCCCGAGCCGGAACAGAAAGAUGAUCCCUGGGGCUGCACCGCUACAUCAAAGAAAGACAAAAAGAAGAAAAAGGGACUUCUUCUCGACCCCGAACUUCCAAAGGAUCCCGAACCCGAACCCGAGCCUGAGCCGGUCCCCGAACCUGUUCCAGAUCCUCCCGCUGCUGAGCCAGAACCGGAACCGCCAGCGGAUGAGGGCUGGCCGAAUUUUGAGCUCUCUACCAAAAAGGACAAGAAAAAGAAGAAAGAGGCGGAAGCCGAAAAGCCCAAGGAGGACUCCUGGGGGGGUAUGUGGGGACUUUCUUCGAAGAAAGACAAAGAUAAAGACAAAGAGAAGGAGAAGGAGAAGGAAAAGAAGAAGAAAAGUAAGGAGACACCGCAACCCGCAGAAGAACCCAAGGGGGAAUCGACUGAAGACGACUUGGCUUUGAGCAAAUCGGAAAAGAAAAAGAAGAAGAAAGACGCCAUGGCCUUGGUUGAGUUCGGCGGGGAGGAAGAAGAGGCCACGCCUGCCGAGGAAGCCCCACCUGCUGUGCCCGACAUUUCUGACCCCCUGGAUGACGACGGUUUUUUCAGCUCCUGGAACAUCGGUAAGAAGGACAAGAAGAAAAAGGGACCAGACGCGGAAGUUGCCUCAAUGAAGCCUGAUGCAAUUGAGGAGCCGGCGGACGACUUUUGGGGGUCGUUGUCGUCCAAGAAAAAGAAGGACAAAUCUAAGAACGAACCUGUGGAAGUGAUGGACGAAGAGCCCGACAUGGAUUCCGUACAACCGGAUUCUGUCGAGGAAACGAAAGACAAAGGCGAAGAAGACGACUGGGCCGCCUGGGGAUCCUCGAAAAAGAAGUCUAAGAACCGUAAGGACAUACUCGCCGACCCUCCACCGCCAGCUCCCACCCCUCCCACGUUGGACAUGACUGAGCCUGAAGCAGAACCGGAACCUGAGAAGGAGAAAUCCAGCUUUUGGGGCGACCUAACCUCUUCCAAGUCCAAGUCUAAGGACAAGGAAAAAGACAAGGAUAAGGACAAGGACAAGGAAAAGCCCAAAAAGGAGCCUAAGCUGAGCGAGAAAGAGCUGAAAAAGCUCGAAAAGGAAAAGAAGAAGGCCGAAAAGGAAGAAGCAGCGCGCAAAGCUCAAGAGGAAGAAGAGGCUGCUGCAGCUGCUGCCGAAGAAGCAGCCAAGGAAGAGGAGGGACGCCUUGCCCGAGAAGCGGAAGAGGCCGCGGCUGCCGAGGCCGCCGAGGCCGCCGAGAAGGCUCGGCUCGAGGAGGAGCAGGCUGCCAAGAUCGCCGAGGAAGACGAACAGUUCGCCGCCUUGGAAGCCAAGAAGCUCAAGAAGGGCAAAUUGACAAAGAAGGACCAGGCUGUUUACGACCAACUCAAGGAGUCUAUCGAUCAACGCGUUGCAGAUCAAGCCGCAGCCGAAGCUGAAGCCGCCGCCGCCGAAGCUGAAGCUGAAGCUGAAGCUGCUGCCGCUGCCGAGGCCGAAGAGGCUGCUCGCAUCGAGGAGGAGGAGCGGCUUGCCAAGGAGGCUGAAGAAGCCGCAACCAAAGAAGCCGAGGAACUGGCAGCUCGCGAACGUGAAGAGGCCGAGGCCGCAGAGAAGAAGUCGAAGAAGAGUUCCAAGACGGAAAAAGAGUCCAAAUCCAAGUCCAAGUCCAAAGAAAAAGAGAAGGAAAAAGAGAAGGAGAAGGAGAAGAGAGAUAAGAAGGACAAGAAGGAGAAGAAGAGCAAAGACAAGGACAAGGACAGGGCGAAGGACAAAGACGAGGACGAAGAUCCCGAACCCAUCCCGGACGUUCAAGAGGAGGAUGAGCUGGCCGACAUCGAACUUACCGAAGAGCAAGUUGAAGAACUCCUGGCCGAUCCCGAGCCUGCUGCUCCGCCUCCACCACCUCCGGCGCCGGAACCCAAGCCGUCCAACGAUGCGUUCAGCUUCUGGGGCGUUGGCACUAAGAAGUCUAAGAAAGCUCAAGAAGGUGCGAAUUUCGGCUGGAAUGACACGACCGCCUCAUCCGCCAUAAACAGCAAUGCCCCGACCUGGAUGCAACCGUCUACGGCUCGUAAGGGCAAAGGAACGAAGAUUACUGACAGAUUAAAAGCUUUUGAACCGCCGCCGCCACCGGAAGACGAACCUGCUCCCGUUGCGGAGGAACCCACUCCCGAGGACCCGCCACCAGAGGAUCCGACGCCGGAGGAGCCUAUUGCUGAGGAUCCCGUUCCGCCACCGCCGCCUCCACCGGUUGCCUUGACGAAAGAAGAGAGGAAACGACUCAAGAAAGAGAAGAAGCGUGCUGAAGCUGAGCCAGCACCGCCGCCGCCACCGCCGCCUCCUGUUGAGGAACCAACGUUGGUCGAUGUCGAGGAACCAGCUGACGAGAAUAACAAGUCUUCGGAACCCCCAGGAGCUUUCCCGGUCGAUGAGGACGAGAACGAGAUCAUCGAAGUAAUUGAAAUGCCAGUGGAAAAGAAGAAGAAGAAAAGCAAGAAGAACAGAGAGAAGGAUCUUCUUGCUGAAGACGUCCCUCCUCCGCCGGCUCCUCCGCCACCACCAGCCGUGCCCGAAGUCCCUGCGCCCGAAGAACCGGCCGCUGAGGAGGAGCCCUGGUCGCCUCCCACGGAGCCGAAGUCAAGCAGGAGAGAUCGAGCCAAGAUCAGCCGCGAAGGUUCUUCGUGGGGCAUGUGGUCGGCCUCGGCGCCUCGCGAGAAGGACAAGGACAGAGAACGAGAGCGAGACCGUGAUCGUGACAAGGAGAGGAAGUCCAAGCACAAGUCUGAUAGGCGCGAGAGGAAGCACGACAAAGAAGAAGUCAAGAGCUCUUCCAGGGGCUCGAACUCUGGUAAGGGCGACCGCGCUGACAAAGACAUGGAAACGCCGGCGCCGACGCGGCCGAAGCUCAUGUCCAUGUUCAGCACCCCCCCUGUUUCUCGUACGGCCUCGAAUCGGGACCGGCGUCAUGGAUCCAGUGGCCGGCCGUCACGUCGUCACUCUGUUGACGCUGCAGGCUUGGUAUCACCACCUCCGGAGGAUGCGCCUCCGACGUCUUCCAAAGCUGCCAAGGUUCUUGGUGUCGACAAAUCAGGUAGACGCCGCAAGCGUGCUCCUACCGAGGACGAUGACAUUGUAAUGGUCGGGGCGAACGGUGACGGCGAGGAUGCUAAUCCCCCCAAGUCCUCCCGUCGGCGAUCCAGAUAUCCCAAAGACGAGGACAUCGUCAUGGAGCAUUCCGAUGCGGGUCCGCCUCCACAUGACGGCGGACAAACGGACGCCGUGCCGCUGACCGAGGACGAAGCGCGUCGCGAACGUCGCGAGCGUCGGCGCAGAGCCAAGUAUGAAGAUGGCACCGCCGAUGAGGCCGAAGACCGCCGCCGCAGGCUCCGCCGCGAAGAUCGUGAGCGCAAAUAUGGGGGCGGUAGCGGAGGCGCCGGCGGCGGCGGGUCAGAGGGAAGCGACGAGCGGCGCCGGCAGGCCAUGCUCUCGGACGCGACGGCGACGCCGCGGAGCAGUUGGUGGAGGAAGCUGACUGGAUGA